AUGGCUGAUGAGUGCAACCAAGAGCUUGACUAUGAGUUCCUCCCAUUUAUCAAAGUGUACAAAAAUGGCCAUGUCAAACGACUUAUGGGAACCAAGACCACCCCUCCGGGCAACGAUCCUCAAACCUGCGUUACCUCGAAAGACGUCACAGACAUAAUCCCAGAAACUGAAGUCUACGCAAGAAUCUAUCUCCCUACACUUGAUACUACCAACACCCGCCACAAGCGCCCUCUUGUUGUUUAUUUUCACGGUGGCGGGUUCUUGGUCAACACACCUUCUUCCACUAUCUACCACAAUCACUUAAAUGACCUCGCAGCAGAAUGCCGUGUUAUUGUUGUGUCUGUCAACUACAGAAAGGCCCCCGAGCACCCUCUCCCAAUUGCAUACGAAGAUUCUUGGGCUGUGUUCCAGUGGGUGGCUUCCCACUGCAACGGCGAUGGACCUGAGGAUCUCUUGAACCAGCACGCGGACUUUGGGCGAAUAUUUGUAGCAGGUGAUAGUGCGGGGGGGAACAUAGCCCAUAACCUGGCCAUGGCAGCUGGGAAUCCCGAUGCAGGGUUAAAAGUGGCCAUUCAUGGGAUGGUUUUGAUAGACCCGUAUUUCUGGGGGUCAGACACGAUUGGGUCGGAGGGGAUGGAGCCAGGUAUGAAGGCGUACAUGGACAGGCUGUGGCCACUGGUGUGCCCUUCGUGUCCAGCGGACGAUCCAUGGAUAAACCCGAUGGCAGAGGGUGGGCUGGGCUUGGCUGGGCUCGGGUGCCGGAGGGUGCUAGUCUCGGUGGCCGAGAAGGACAUAUUGAAGGAUAGAGGAUGGCAUUAUUUUCAGGUGCUAAGCCGGAGUGGGUGGAUGGGUAUGAUCGAGAUCCAUGAAGCGCAAGGGGAAAGGCACGUGUUUCAUUUGAAUGACUCGAAUUGCGAUAACAGCAAGGAAAGGAUGAAGAGGAUGGCUGAUUUCUUCAACAGUUCGUUCCCUUGA